AUGGACACAACAUAUGAUAAAGCGGUUGCUGAGGCACUCCUUGAUAACAUCAGAGAAAGAAGCAUCGUUGAUGUCGUUCGCUUCCUAAAAACAAUCCCCCAAGAGAUUAGGAAUCGUCUGUUCCCGUUCACGGAUGAGAACAGGAAGAUCCCAGGUAAGAAGCAGGACCCAAGUGAGUUAUGGGAGAGGUUUCCCCAUCCCUUCCUUCAAGUGGCCUGUGAGCGCGGAGAUGUGAAUAUUGUGCACGUCUUGUUGGAUAAUGGCGUGGACGCAAGUCAGCGGACGGACAGGGAGGGGACAGCAUUGGAAGUCGCUAGCAGACAUGGCAAACUGGUCAUCUUGACGGCUCUGAUUGAGUGGGCGCCAGAACUCAUCGAAGAUGAAGACACCGUGAAGGAUUUAAUGGCCAUAGCUUGCUUCGCUGGACACCGAGACAUAACUGACUACUGGCUGGACAAACUUACUGAACUCAAGAACGGCGAAGCACCUUGCAAGGAGGACUUUGUUGCGGCAAAUGAUCCACUCAUUGCGGCAUGCAAAGGGGGACACUGUUAUCUCGCUGCUUAUCUUCUCGAGAGGAGAGUGACAAUUGUGAAUGUAGAAACUGCUUUCAGAACUGGCCAGAAGUUUCCUGAUCUUCUACAGCUUUGGUGUCAAAAAGAAGCGCAUGAAAUAGAAGGACGGCAAAAGAAGUGUGUUGCCCAAUGGAGCGCUCGUCAGUUGCAUCACUUUGACGAUACUUGGCUCACUAAUCCAGACCUACGUACGCUGGUCCAAGUCAACCUAUCCCACAAUGCACUGGAGACGAUCCCAACACCGUUGCUAUGGGGAAUGCCAUGCUUGGAAUCAUUGGACCUAUCCCACAAUGCAAUGAGAAAGCUCCCUAGCCCAGAUUCUUUAACGGCGCUUCAAAAAUCGAGGUUGACAUAUCUGAAGGUUUCCCACAAUAAGCUUGACAAUGCUCUCUUAGAGAUUUUCAUGCUGCCACUGCUUGAGAAUCUGGAUCUGUCUCACAAUCGCAUCACAAGUCAUCAUAGACGCUCCGUCUUCAAGCUGGUCAAACCAGAUGAGAGUGAAAGUGUCUGGGACUGCAGCAGCCUGAUGGUGUUAAAUCUGUCCUAUAAUAAGAUCAUCCACAUUCCUCCUGGCAUCAGCACUGCCAAGAGUUUGAAGAAACUCAAUGUGUCUAAUAACAGACUAUCAGAGCUUCCUGCUGCCUGGGAUUGCCCAUUGAAACGCUUGGAUGCCUCCAACAACAAGAUUGGGAAAGUCCCUGACAUGCAUGAGUACUGGAAUCGUUCCCUCACGAACUUAAACCUCAGCUGUAACCACUUGACGGAGAUUCCUUGGACUGUCUGUCAGCUGACUCUGCUGGUAAAGCUGAAUCUGUCCGGCAAUAAAAUCACCGAGCUUCCUCCUACUGACUACUGGAACAUCUACAGCCUCAGAGAAUUGUUACUGGCUGAUAAUUGUUUUGAAUUUACGGAGAACACGGCCUCCCCAUCAGCACCUGCCAUUGUCAAGAAAAGAAGAUCCCUCAGGUUCUUCUCAAGGGAUAUAAGUCAAACAACCAGUUUGGAAGUGCCACCGAUCGGAGAUGCCACAGCUUCAUCGGUUGUCUUCCCAGAGAGCUUCUGCGAUUCUCUGUCAACCCUAGACCUGAGCAAUAACCAGCUACGGGACGUGCCCCCUAGUCUUUGCAAAUUGGCUUGCCUACAAAGGCUGGAUCUCAGCGGUAAUACAGGCAUUGAGAAACUCCCAGACAAUCUGGCGCGAUUGAAAAGACUGAGGUCCCUCAAACUCGACGACUUGAAGAUUAAGGAGCCAGAGACGCUUGUGCCUGUCAUUCAGGCUGGGCAACUUCAGACAGGGGAAAUCCUGGAGAAACUCAACGAAAGACGCUUGAGUUGUAAACCACACCGCGGUAUGAAACUCAUGUUGGUGGGGCCAGAGAAAUGCGGCAAGACCUCAGUGUUGUCCUGUUUGACCAAGAGGGAAGUUCUGCCCGAUGAAGAUCUAAACAUCAAUCUUUGCUCUUGGACUCUUCAGAACCCUGACAAAAUGCAACAAAAGCCCUUGCCUACGAAGUUUUUGAAGCCUAUUGAUUUGUCUACGGAUCAGAGUGUUUCUGACCAAAGCGAUGUACAUUUUUCGAUGUGGGAUCUGAAGGGAGGUAAGCUCGAUACUAUUAUCCAUCAGAGUUUCUUCACACCUAGGACGCUGUACCUGUUGGUCUGGGAUCUCAGAGACGGCUUGGAGGGUGUUGAUCAGAAGUUAAAACCCUGGCUGCUUAAUAUUCAGGUAGUCUUUUCAAGGGCAUCGGAGAGUGUCACCAUCAUUGUCUCCACCCAUUCAGACAAAGCAAAGAAGGUUAAGUCGAUCGCAGGUGCAAUCAUCAAUAAAUACAGUGGUCGAGAUGGGUUUCCAGACAUCGCUGAUAUUGUUGAGGUCACAGCAACGAGCUCUCAUGGGGACGGCAUUGAAGAAUUACGGGGCAUUAUUUACCGGAGGGCUCUUGGAAUGAGGAUCAAAAAGAGCCGGGCUUCAGGAGCUGCUCCAGGACAGACAGACAUUCCCCUGAUUGGAAGAAUGGUGCCUCACUCGUUCAGUGUUCUGCAAGAGAUCAUAGUAAAUCAGAGUGUGCGUCGUAAGCACAGCAAGCCCCCUCUCCCACAAGUCUUGGAGGAUGCGGAGAUGAUAUACCACAUUAAAAAGAUUCCAGACAGUACGAUAGAAACCCAAGAGGAUAUCAGUGAAGCUAUUGAGUUUCUGAGCACCUGUGGCACCCUUGUACAUUUCAAUGACCACCUCCAAGGUCUAAGAAGCCUGUACUUCAUCGAUCCAGUCUGGCUGUACAACAUACUCAUCAACGUUGCCGACGUCAAUUCGUCCUUCGUCAAGGAGGGGCGCAUACCCAGGACCAUCUUGGAGCAGGAAUUGUUUCAGAAUAGCGAUUUUGGGGAGGGACGGUUUGAGGAAUAUCUACAGCUUCUGCAGAGAUUAGACAUAGUACAUCAAGUCAGCAAGGAAGAAUUCCUGAUUCCGAGUCGACUUCCCAAAGACAAGCCGGGUCAGGAUUACUGGAUCUCACAGAGCGAGGACAGUCCAUUUCAGGUCUUAGAACGCCAUUAUAGGUUAGCCUACGAUCCGCCAGGAUUCUGGAGUCGACUGGUGUCCAGAGUCUACGUAUUCCUCAAGUUACUGGAUGAGGAGGGAAGCAAGGGGACUAAGAGGGAGUCUCAAAAAAGGCCGGUGAAGAGAGGCGAGGAAGCAAGGAGGUCCCCAAGUUUGAGCCCAACAAUGCCAAGGGGACUGAUGCUGACACACACCAACAUCACUUAUUGGCAGACGGGCGUGAUUGUCCAACAUGCAUCCGGUGUUAUCUCGUUGAAACCAGCCACCUUUGAAGACAAGCCUGGCAUCUUCGUCCAGAUUCAAUGUCAAGUCGGCGAGUUUACAGCCAUGGGGUUCAUAGUGGAUCAGAUCGAACACCUCAUUCAUGAUUGGUACCCUGGCCUGGAUCCCAGCGGCAUGACUGAGAAACAAUUUGUUGAGAGAUUUGUCCCUUGUCCGGUCUGCAAAAUUACAAAGUUCUCUGUCAGCAAACUCGCAUUGGAAGCCGCUUUGCAGAUUAUGGAUGAGGUGAAGUGUCCCAAACAUCCCAUGGAAGGCGUAGCUUUACCUAAACUCCUCCCUGAUUUCUUUUUGAUGGACCUACCAGUCAGGAUCCUUGAUAAGAAGGCGUUUGCAUUUGAUCCCUGGACCAGUGAGUCCCUCGGCAGAGGAGCAUACGGCGAGGUCUUUAAAGGAAAAUAUCGACAUGAAGAUGUCGCUGUCAAAAUGCUGGCUAAAAAAGCGAUUUUGUGUGGCAGGCCAGAAUCGGGGGUGCAUACAUCUGGGAGGGAAGAUAACAGCAAAACGUCUAGCAGCAGUAGCAGUCCACGAGACAGCGGCAACCAAUCAUUAUCCCCAAUGCCGUACGAUGAGAGUAUCGCCCCUAAUGAGAUGCUUGUCAUGGAGGGAUUCUCCAACCUGCGCAGUGAAGUGGCCACCAUGUGCAAGCUGCGACAUCCCUGUAUCAUUCAGCUCAUUGGGAUAUCAAUCCAGAAUCUCUGCUUUGCCAUGGAGUUAGCUCCACUACGAGACCUCGCAAAACUACUCCGUCGAGAAUCCGAAAGCCAUCGAGAGAGUUUUGUGAGAAAGGAGAGGGCUUAUGGGACUAUUCUAGACCGUGUUCUGACCUUUAAGAUCGCCAUGCAGGUAGCCCGUGGGGUGUCCUACCUUCACAACAAGAAGAUAAUCUACUCUGACCUGAAGACUGACAAUGUGUUGCUGUGUUCCUUGGACGUCGAUGCUAACGUCAACAUUAAACUGACCGAUUAUGGGGUAGCUCGGACCAUGGAUUUGCAGGGAGCCAGGGGACGCGCUGGUACUCUGAGAUUCUGUGCACCAGAGAUACUACGAGGAAGAAUGUUCACAGAACAGGCGGACUGGUACUCCUACGGUAUGUUGCUGUAUCACCUGAUGUCCGGUGCAUGGCCUUACGACCACCUCAAGCCUGAAAUAGAUAUCCAUAGCGCUCUCAACGCCGGCACCAAGCCAAACUUUCGGCUCCGAGACUACGUGAUCAUCACCAUGUUCCCAUUUCUUGAGAGAUUAAUGGAGAGGUGUUGGAAUGAUAACCCACUGCAGAGACUCAGUGGGGAUGAUAUCGCCAAGGCAAUGAAGAACGGAAGUUUCACUUGCUUGGAAAAUGUCAUCAGUUUAAACGAGGAGGAGAUAGCGUGUGUGCAUCUUGGCUCAGGCGAGAGUGAUGAGAACUCGGAUUAUUUGUGGUUCUGGACUGGUGAGGGUGCAAGUCGUCGGUUUGCAAAAAUCAACGUCAAGUUUUUCACCGAAGGAGAUGUCAAGACAGAAAGACUCAGCCCGGGCUCGCGAGCUAACUGUAUGGUGCGAGUGGGAGACUGCCACCUUGUAGGCACAGAGAACAACCGCAUUCAGCUCUUUGGACCACAAGCCGUCGAUCGGCAGGAUUUUAUCGUUGAUGCUGAGGUUCUCUGCCUCUGUUAUCUACCCAUCAACGACAAGGACACGCAGGGGCUUCUGUUCGCUGGUUUGGCUGAUGGUCACGUGGUUAUCUUGAGGCACAAUCCAGCAGCAACGGACUGCAGCAACAGGCAGCAGGAGCCAGUUUGGUCCCGGGUGAAGACAAUAACCUUUGAGAAUAAGCGUUGUAAUCUGCUGGAGCCAGUCCCUGAGAGAGAUGAGCUGUGGAUAGCAUGCGGGAAUAAGCUGCGUGUUCUUAGCACCGAGAUCUUGUUGCUGGAUGCAUCGGGCAUCACAGUGACUUCAACAGCAAAGCGCUCUCUGGUUGGUUUGGCUCAUGACCAUGACAGCCUCUUCUGCAUCAUCGAACGCUCCUCCCAGGUACUUCAGUAUAACAUGGCUAACAGGCAGCUUGUGAAUAUCCUUCAGUGUGGAAACACCAUGCUGGCGAGAGGAGUUUGUCUGAUAUCUCCGCCGGAUGAUGGCAUCCACGUAAUAGAUGAGGAGCAAGCUGAGGAUGACGAAGAAGUUCGUUAUGAGGACAAUGCCAUCCAAGUACUGUGUAUUUUAACUGUCAAAGAUACCCUGUGGAUUGGCACAAACACCGGCAAAACUCUAGUCCUUUGCCUCGACUCAGAAACACAGCACAGUGUCGGCGAAGUGCUUGCCAUUCUUGGACUCCUUCCAGAAUUUGACAAUAAGAAUGGGCCAGUUAAAAAGCUCCUUAGGGCCGGGGACGGGCACGUUAUGGCGAUGCAGGAGCUCACAGGAUCAUCACCACCACCACUCAACCAGGAGACGCGUCUCAAUCAGUACCAGCUGCUGUUAUGGCAAGCAUGGGGUUCGCAAGAGGUGGCAAAGUUUGAUCACAUCCACCAUGCGUUGGAUGAGGCAGAGCUGGCUUUGGGCAAUUGAAGAGACACGUUGCUUCAACAUCGUGAUUUCAUUCGAAGAUAAAAUGUAUUGUUCCACAAGCAUCAUUGUUUAUGUUACUGUCAUUCAUAUGGUUUGUUGGGAACACAUCUGUAUACAUUAAAGUACAGUAUAGGCAAAUUUGAAAACGCAAUAACAAUUGAUAUAAUUAUAUUGGUCUGUUCAACUUUUGUUAUUCUAAUUAAGAAUUUUAACUGGUUCAUUAUGUUAAUAUGUUAAUUAAGGUUUACUGUUUACUGGUCUGUUGAUUCCAAGAAGCAUGCGAAAGGGCCCUUUAGUUUACACGUAGAACAGGGAACACAGAUAUAUCCCGAAAAUUGGAAAAUUGACCAGCCUGGCCACUAUCUGGCAAAACUUUUGCUUGUCUAAUUAAAGAAUCAUCAUUAAUAUUUUGAUAGCCGAAUAUUUGAGAGAGAAUUUUUGUAACGAAACGAAACUAAGUAAAGUCUGUCACGAAGCAAUGUGGCCCAUCAGGUUCUCAGUAGUAUGAAACGACUGAUAAUAUUUGCACGUAUACAAAAGUGCAACUUUAUUUCCGGUACCAUUUGUUAUAAAUUGCUUAAUUUUGUACACAUUAUCACUGUUUUGGGCCAAACAAAGAGUAUGGCUGGAUUGCUAAGGAAU